UCCUCGUCCUCCUCUUUUUAAUUCCCUUCUCUCUCUCUCUCUCUCUCUCUCUCUCUCUCUCUCGAUCUCGAACCCUAAAUUCUCAAAAGAAAAGAGAAAAUUAUGGGUCCGAAGCAGGAGCCCAAGAAGCCUCACUCCAACGGCUCGGCGGCGGCGGCGCGGAAGGCGGAGAAGGUGGUGCGGUACCGGGAGUGCCGGCGGAACCACGCGGCGAGCAUCGGCGGGUACGCGGUGGACGGCUGCCGCGAGUUCAUGGCCGCCGGCGAGGAGGGCACCCCCGCCGCCCUCCGCUGCGCCGCCUGCAGCUGCCACCGCAGCUUCCACAAGCGCGAGGUCGACCCCCCGCCUGACGCCGCCACCCCCUGCGACUGCUCCUCCGUCUCCACCCAUUCCCGCCGAUCGUGAUCAUGCAUCAUUCUCAUCGCCGGCCCACAUGACUUAAUCCUACGUCCCUCGAUCCCCGCCCCUCUCUGUCUACGUAUACCUACGUACGUGCGCGUCUAUACAUACAUAUACAUAUAUAUUUGUACAUGCAUGCAGGGAGUGGAGCUAAUUAAGAAGUGUACCUACAUGCUUCUGCACUGCUUAAUUUGUUUUCAAUGAUAGUGCAUCGGAAUCGACGAUCGAUACUGUUAAAUAUAAUUUAAAGUUUAAAUUAUGUAAUAUAUUUUUGUUUUCAAAUUAGAGUGUUGAUCUUGGUUUAAAAGGCAUGAUCGUGUUGCUUUCUAUGAAAUUAAAGACUCUUAUUUAAUCUCUAAAAAUUGGAAAAUUUGGCUCUAGAUUAUUCUAGCAUUCUACAGUAUCGUAUCUAAUAAUAUCGUUCGUCGAUUCGCAUGCGCUUUUCGAAAAUGAAGAUAAAAUACAAAUUAAGAUCUCUGUAUUUCCAAAAGUGCUUCAACUCAACUCCUCGAAUGCAUAUAAUAUUAUGUGUGGUUAGUUAUCAAUUGUUCAUGAGUGGGGAUUAAUUUAUGCGUGCUUAAUUUUUCUCUCUUUAAUUUACAAACUAUAUAUAUAUAUAUAUAUACUACUUGAUCUAAUUUACAUAUGGAUUGAUGUAAUAUGGUAGUAUUUGUGUGUGUGGAUUUGUGAGGGGUUUGAUGUAUAUUGCUUUUAUAUAUUUAUUUGUUUUCUGAUUUUUUAUUUUUCUGGGGGAAUUUAAGUAAUUGGAUUGUGUACGUUGUUUCAACUUACAAAUUUAAUGAAAAUCUUAUGUACUUGCUAUGUUAUA